AGCAAACAUGCAGGUGCGCUCAAAGAAGCCCGUUUGGUUUCUGUUCAAGAUGCUGGAGCUGCUGCUGAGCCUGGGCUGUUGCCUAGUCCAUUGGUCCUGCUGCAAGAAGGAGGACAUUCCCCACAUAUUCCUGCUAUGUGGCACCUACGGGGGAUCGGUCAUCAUAUGCUUCAUGUCCCUAAUUGGCGCCUUCUAUGCCGAGCGGCCGACCAUGAAGCACGAGGCCCUGUUCGGCGGCAUUUUGGGUGGCCUCCACAUGGUCACCGUGUACGCCAACAUGUACGUGGCCACCUUGGAGGAGUUCCGCACCGAGCGGUGGCCUGGCUUCUACGCGUGCUGCAGGAAUAACGCCAUCGUGGCUCUCUACGCUGGCGCCAUCUACCUGCUGCACUGCACCUUCGCCCUGGACCUCAUGCUCUCCCACUCGCGCAGCAAACGGAACCGCAAGCUGCAUCCGCUGCGGAGCCAGCGACCGCUGCAGCUGUACUUCAUCAGCCGGGGCGUGGAGGCCUAUCUCAGUCGCUUCUGGUUCUUUCGGCGCAUCGCCGCCAGGAUGCUGACCAGCGCUCAGCCAUCGGAGCACUCGGCUCGGAAGCGGCAGGCCUCGUCCUCCGAGUCGGACUCGGAUGCCAGGGACAGGGAGGCUGAGCGGAUCAAGCACUCGACAUUUGUCAAGUAGGCGGAUCUCAAUACUUCCUCGUACCAGCAAUAAAUGAAGCCCAUCCACCUGGGCGUGUGUCC